AUGCCUGACAAGUCUAACAAAUACAAGAAACUAAACCCUAUCCAAUCCGGGUCAUUCAGUACCGUUUACAAAGGUUAUAACACCGAAACUGAUGAUUUUGUGGCUUUGAAAGUUAUUCCAAAAUCUAAAUUCUCUCAAAGAGGUAUGGCUAAUGAAUACAACGUUGGCAAGUUAUUGUCUAAGGAUGAAGGUUGUCCCUUCAUUUGCUCCUUCGUGGAUUUCUACGAGGAUGAGACUAAUUACACUUUGGUCCAAGAAUACUGCGAGUGUGGUGACUUCUACGACUUCUUGGAAUUGUCUAAGAAGAAAGGUGACCUAAAUGCUCCCUCGAUCAUUAAAUUGAACUUUCAAAAAGUUGUCUUACAAUUGAGUUACGCCAUCAAGUAUGCACACAGCAUGGGCAUUGCCCACAGAGAUAUUAAACCGGAAAAUAUCCUGAUAAACUACCACGGUGACAUCAAGCUGGCUGACUGGGGCCAUGCCAUCUCUGCUUCUUCAUCAAAUGAUAACAACAUCGGAACAGAUAACUACAGAGGUCCAGAGACUUUCUCAGCUAAAGUAAGCUACAACACUUACAGAUCUGACUACUGGUCAAUGGGUGUCACGCUACUAUAUUUGUUGUUCAGUCAUUGUCCUUUCAGAUGUUCAAACAUCAAAAACGAAAAGAUCGUCUAUAAGAGACUAGAAAAUGGUGAAACUUUGGUAUACCCAAACUGCCACAUUUUCAACAACUACGUCAGUGACCCUUACAAGUUCAUUUACGAAAGUUUCUUUAGCUCUGUUUCCCUCUCUAGAAGAAGAAAGUUGUUCAAGUCUUCUUCUACAAAAUAUGUUGCCCCUUUCUUGUGGCAAGAUAUGACUGACAUGCAUGACAUGCUGCAAAUGACCAAGAUCAUUGUUGAUAACUUAAUGUCUCCAAACCCCAGCAAGAGAUCUCUAACUAGAUUUUUGAAACAUUUCAAUGCAUUCUGGACUGCACAUCAAGAAAAUGACAUUGAAUCAGCUUCAUCAGUUAGAAACAUCAAGAGCAAUAAUUUGAAAGUUCUAGGUGUGUCCGGUAACUACUGA